AAAAAAAAGAGGAAAACAGAGAACAUUGACUUCACCAGCCGUGUACCCACCUUCAGUUACACUACCUACAAGGAGAAGGCGACUUUGGACGUCGUGCAGGUGCCCGUCGCUCUGAGCUCUCCCCUCUUUUUGUCUGUUUGCUCGUCAUCGCUCCACCGGGCCAGUUUCCGGGCUACGGCAAGGUUCGGCGCACCAGCAAUGACAGACGCCGACAACCAGCCCUCCCGGUUGGCAAGAUCAUUGCUUCCAGAGCCGACGCUUUCCUUCACCCUUCCGAGUCUGCACGACGGCCUUGCCAUCGAUUGUCGCGUCUACCAUCCUCAAUCUCUCGACCCGUCGCCCUCCUCGCCACCUUGGCGGAAACACGCUGCCGUCUUCGCCCAUCCGUAUGCUCCUCUUGGGGGCUGUUAUGACGAUCCAGUGGUAGACAUCGCAGCCGGAACACUGCUUAAGCUUGGUUUUUUGGUCGGCACCUUCAACUUUAGAGGCGCACAAGGCUCCGCCGGUCGGACCUCUUGGACAGCAAAGGCGGAGCAUGCAGACUAUCAAACAUUCAUCGGCUUCCUAUCAUAUUACGUUCAUUUUCUCGAUCCCUUCCGAACACAGGUUUCCUAUGCCGUUCCGACGACGACCCCAAUUGCCGAAGCACCAUAUCACCUUGGGGCCCGUGGCGGCUCUAGCCCCAUGACACAUUCUGCGUCACGCGAUACCACCAGAUCACCAUUGUUCCUAAUGGGGGGUUAUUCGUAUGGGUGCAUGAUUACCAUGCAACUUCCCUCGCUCCAAACCAUACUCGGCCAAUUCGACACUCCAGCAUGCACCUCCCAUGCUGCUGAAAUACGACUUCGAGCUCAGCAUCUUGCAGAGGCGCAAAAUACAACUUUGGGCAGUGCAAGAGCAGCAGCCCUCGAGCGUCAAGCCAACACACCGUCUCACUCACCGAGCGGCAUGCGUUUCGGGGGAGAAGAAAGCAGCAGAAAACACCAUCAUUCGCGACUAUCCUUCUCCCAAGAUACCGAAGAGAAAAUCCGCAAGGGCGUUUCGGACUUGAUGGUCAAGGCAAAGAGUCAUAAGAGACGUCUUUCCGGAAAGGACCACAGCUUUGUGGGUGGAGAUGCAGCACACGACACACCCGAAACCAAGCAGCAACCGGCCCGGGAUUGUUUACCUUCUGUACCAAAUCGAGUGGUCUUCCGUCCGGCCUACUUGCUGGUUUCGCCUUUGCAGGGCCUCAUCAACAACCUCGCGACGUUGUCCUUGCUUCCUCGAAGGCCGUCGUGGAAAGGUUUGACCAGAUCUCUGUCUUCUCCAGCUGCCACGGCUUCGCCAACGAGUGAGCUUGGCACGGAUUCCGAGACUGCUCAUUUGCUCGAAGAAGCCGAAGCCAAGUUGGUACGAAACCCUACGCUCGCCAUUUACGGCGACAAUGACGGCUUCGUGCCUGUACGAAAGCUACGGCCGUGGGCUUCCCGCCUGGAGAGCAUUCCUCACUCUUCCUUCCGAGCCCACGAGGUUUCUGGAGCGAGUCACUUCUGGGCCCAAGGCAGAUCAGCAUAUACACUGAAGGAUGCUAUCAAAACGUUUGCCGAAUCAAUCUUGGCCGUAGACGCAAGUUGAGUUCAGUAGGUAUCUAUUCAACAAUAAGUACAUCAACUCAUAGGUUUUCCAACGCCCGGACUCUGUUCUCAACCGCAAUUUUCGACACCCUGACAUUCACUGCCACCAUCUCAAAUCCGUGCGGAACUCCAGGGUACACGUGCAGCUCUACACUGACACCAGCCUUGAGCAGUCUUGCACUAAACUCCACGUCUUCGUCCCUGAACAAGUCCAGCUCGCCGCAGUCGAUAAAGGUUGGUGGCAGUCCUGACAAGUCCUUCGCCCUUGCCGGCGCAGCAUAUGGCGAGAUCUCCUUCACGCCAUCCGCACCCGCAUAGGCCCCCCACGCGAUCCUGUUAGCGGCGCCGUUCCACAUCAGGUACGGGCUCAACGGAUGGUCCUCGGGCCAAUACGUCCUAUCAUCCAACAUGGGGUACGCCAGCACCAGUUUCUUGACGGGUGGUGUGAUCUUGUCGUCACGCGCCUUGAGGGCAACGCCCGUAGCCAGCCCGGCGCCGGCGCUCACGCCGAAAAGGGCAAUGCGCGUCGGAUCAAUCUGCUCCGAAGCGGCAUUGGCAUGGAGCCAUUCCAGGGCAGCGUAGCAGUCAUCAAAGGGGGUGGGGAAAGGGUGCUCAGGGGCGAGACGGUAAUCGGCGGCGUAGAAGGUGAGGCCGCUGGCGUGCGCAUAGCGCUUGAUGUCUUUGCGGAACUGGUCGACAUUGUUAUUGACGAAGCCGCCGCCGUGGUGGUGGAGCACUGCAGCACGAGGGCCAGGGGUUGCCGCCGCCGCCGCCGGGGUGAAACGGUAGAGGGUGAUCAGAGUGCCGUCCUUCGAAGGGAUUUGGUAGGUGGUCUCGGUGAUGUCGGGGGAGUCGGGAAUGUUGGCGAGGACGAGCGCGAAGUCGUUAUAGUUGGUGCGGAGGGAGUCGACGUCGGUGAGGGGAGCGGGAGGCGGGAGGGAUGCUUUGGCCGCCAACAGAGGCUGGACGGCCUGGAAGUAUUCAGGAUCGAACUUGUUGUCGGCCAUUUUGUUUGAUGUUGCUGAAGGGGGAGCGCUGGUGUUCCAAAAGAUCGCGGGGAACUCGAGGUGCGGGAUUGCAGCGAUGUAGCGAUGUCGAAGCUUCUUCUACCUCCCGAACUUGUCGAUCACCCCUGCCGAACUCGGCGAUGGUCAGUGUACGUGUCGAUGCCGAAGCGAUGGCAGUCUGUGGGGUGGGCACGUGGUGGGGUACCGCGCUCGCCCCGGCAUUGGCUAUCCGGAUCGCAUUGAUGGGAGUUAUGGGCGGAGUUUUCACCGUCGCUUCCCACCGCGGUAUCUCAAACCGGCUAUUAGCGUCAUGGCCUGACCAUUCCAUUUGUCAGCUUUUAUCAUUAGGACGACCCCAGUUGGAUCGUCACGUCACCGACGUUUGUUCAUCUACGCUAGGCGCCACCAUCGACGAUUUAUAAUACGCAGUUACCGAACGGCUGUGGUAGUUGAUUCCCGCGACUGUCAGCAGCUGUUUACAGGAGACCUGUCGAUGCUUCUUCUGGGCUAGGGCUGACGAUAGACCCUGUCCUGCGCCAUGGUCAGCUACUUGAUAUCGACGCUGCCAAAUAGAUCAACGUCUCAAGCGAACAUAAUCAAUCCAAAUAUUCUCCCGUUUCCGAUCCUGAUUACUCAUUGUACAUGUAUGACUCCAGUAAUCAAGCCCUAGAACUCCUCCCAAUGCUUUCC